AUGGAUGUCCCAUGUGACACAACAAAAAGUGGUUAUGAUCGAGUGCCUCUUGUUUUCGGAAGUCCUUCCGAUUCUGAUGGAGAAAGUGGACCUAUUUCUUAUAUAGAGAUCAACAAAAGAUACCGGAACCGGAACCAGUGGAAGCCAUUUCUUGCGGUGGGUGUUGUGGUGAUUAUCGUGCUUUUAAUAGGUAUACUUGCCAUGUGUUAUGUAUUACUGACACGUUCAAACACCGACAAUGGAGCCACCACCAAGCCGGCUCUAACAGGGACCACAUCAAAAACAUCAGGGUCAUUGGAAGGGGUAACCACCACCAAACGUGCGGAGGAAAGUCACAGACGACAGACUCCGAACUGGGAAGUGACAUUCAGAAACAUGGGUUCGGAGUGUGUUUUGAGGUUGAUUGACAUUGAUGGAGAUGGGUUACAAGAUAUAGUUUUUGGUGCAGCAACUGCAGCAGAUCUUUCCGCUAUAUCUGAAAUUGAUGCAAACGGGAGCUUGAGGGCUUUUUGUAAUGCAACAGGUAGAACAUACCCAUGUAUCGGAACUUUGAUUGGGAUGAGGGGAUAUGAUGGGAAAGUUCUGUGGAAAAUCCCAACACGAUCUGGGACCUUACUGAACAACUGUGAAGACUUUGACCUUAAUUUGGACGGACAUAUCGAUUGUGUGGUAGGAGGACGCAGCGCCACCAUGGAAGCUAUAGACAUUAGGAACGGCAAACACAUCUGGGAAGCGACUUCGCCAUUUUUCACAAAAAUCUGGAAUUUCUACCAGGCUAUGGCCCUUCCUGAUUUCAACGGAGACGGUGUGAAAGAGAUAUUGGUUAUGCACGGCGGCAAUCCCAAUAUAGAGGCUAUUUACCAUAACCGGGAGUCGGGCCGCUUGAUCAUGCUGGACGGAAAGACCGGUAAAGGAAUGGGGGUCCGCUGCCUGGAGAUGCCCCACAGCAAGGAGAGUUAUCAGAGUCCUGUAGUCUACACACACAGGGACGGAUCACAGUACAUCCUGUUUGGGAGUGGUGGAGAAACUGUUCCUGGCGACUUCAUGAUGAUAUCGCUGCCAGAUUUUUACCGUUACGUUAUGGGACUACCAAAAGACACUGCUGUACCCAAUACAAAAGGGUCUUACAACCAAUGGAGUCGCAUUCCUAGGCAAGCUGACACAGGAAUCAUGGUCAUUUUCAAGGGUGUAACUAAAGGAGUGAUGGUGCCGCCCUUGAUGACGGAUAUAGACCAUGACGGUGUUGAUGACAUUGUGAUGUCAGCUUAUGACGGAUUAGUGAUGCUGCUGGACGGCAAAACUAUGAAGACGAAGUGGAAAGUGGAGUUCCCUGGCAUGGAAUCAUACAGCACGCCUGCUCCUGGAUAUUUUGAUGAUGAUGACGUCUUGGAUUUCAUGGUUCAUUGGAGCAAGGGUGCAUGGCCCUCGUACAACGCGUCAGAGAAAGUGAUAAUAAGCGGCAAAGACGGAACCAUUCUUUGGCGGGCCAAGAUCAAGAAUUAUGAGAUGUCAUCUGACCUGACGCUGCAGACGACGGAACCGUACCGGGAUUUCUACCUUUAUAAGAUGAAAGGAAGAGAUGCACACGUAUACAGGGAUCUGACGGGCGAAAUUCACGGCGUAGGAGUCCAAAGAAAUAUUUCUAUUAUUCCAAACAGGAAGUCAACGAUGUCACUUGAUGAAAACGAUGAGUUGAUAAACAAAGACUUCAUGAAGUUCCGUUUUCAGUGUAAUUCUGGUGUAGACAUUAAAUCUGAAAUCUUUGUCAUGGACAGGACGACAGCAGACACACCGAUGAAGGUCCUGGAAUCCACACCGAUGGAAUUUAACUACCACCCAUCAACGAGUUGGAAGACAGGUACAAAGAAUAAAAAUCUCACGUACUGCGCUGUCUUGAUACCGGAAGACUUAACCACGUCUGCGGUCGGUGAUGUGGACGGGGACGGAAGUCUUGAUCUCGUAACCCUGGUUACCUACAACGGACAAAUAGUUGACCAACACUACAUUUACGACUCCAUGGUUUACCACUCCACCAUACACAAGAUAAACUUGCAACCCAUCAUACAGAACCCAGAAACCAGAACAUCCAUGAAGAUCCACACGACAUUGCCCCUGGACCGUUACCGUCAGGAAAAAGAUGUCUCCUUUCUACAAUUCCUUCCGUUACAGAAACAACAAUGGUUAUCGUACUUUGGCACAAAACAAAAUGGUCAUUUCAAAAAUAAAAGAUAACAUUGCUAUUCAGCCCCCCUGUUCUUAUCUGAGCCAGUCACCAUGGGUGUAUUCAUUAUGGUUAUGGUAACUAAAUACUAAACAAACAUACAUAAGCCUUGACUCGAGGAAACUGAAAAUGUUCCCAGCAAUACUAUGGAAUCAUUAAAUUCAUGUGGACUAGUUUUUGUGGAUUGUCGAGAUUAAACAUUUGGGAUGUGAUUUCGUGGA